GGGGGAGGAGGGAAAGCGGCGAGUAAGAUGGAAGAUGAGGAGGUCGCUGAGAGCUGGGAGGAGGCGGCAGACAGCGGGACCUUUGGCUAGGCGCCAGUCCCAGAGUCCAAGUCCAUAACAGUGGGGAGAAGAGGCUGGAAAAUAUGUGAUACCUGUGGUCAUGAAGGACUGGGAAAGGGAGAGCUUAAUGUCUGAGAAGCAGGAAAUAGACAGACGGUUGGAAAAAAAACUGAAGAUCACACAAAAGGAGAGCAGGAAAUCCAAAUCUCCUCCCAAAGUGCCCAUUGUGAUUCAGGACGAUAGCCUUCCCACGGGGCCCCCUCCACAGAUCCGCAUCCUCAAGAGGCCCACCAGCAACGGUGUGGUCAGCAGCCCCAACUCCACCAGCAGGCCAGCCCUUCCUGUCAAGUCCCUAGCGCAGCGGGAGGCAGAGUACGCCGAGGCCCGGAAGCGGAUCCUGGGCAGCGCCAGCCCUGAGGAGGAACAAGAGAAACCCAUCCUCGACAGGCCUACCAGGAUCUCCCAACCCGAGGACAGCAGGCAGCCCAAUAAUGUGAUCAGACAGCCUUUGGGUCCAGAUGGGUCACAGGGCUUCAAACAGCGCAGAUAAAUGCGUGCGGGGAAGGAUGCCGCCACCACCGCUGCCGCCAUCACCGCCUCUUGGGUCGUCCGCCACGGGUCGCACUGCCGUGGCAGACAGCUGGACUUGAGCAGAGGGAACGACCUGACUUACUUGCACUGUGAUCCCCUUUGCUCCGCCCACUGUGACCUUGAACCCCAUGCACUGUGACCUCCCUCCUUCCCCCCCUCUUCCCACUGUGAUUGGCACGUCUACAAGGGCUGUCCCAAGUCAAUGGAAAGGGAAAGGGUGGGGGUCAGGGGAGGGUUGGGGGGACCCACGAAGGACUCAGAGUAGAGAGUCAGACAGUGCCACUUGGCCACUUGGGGUAAAGCCAGUGCCAGCAAUAACAGUUUAUCAUGCUCAUUAAUUUGGGAUUUCAAAACACAGAUGAGAACUCCCGUCCACCCACCCUCAAGUGCAUGUCUUCAUCACUUAAAAGCAAGUUCCAUUUGAAAAUAUCCUUUCUUUUUUUUUUUUUCUCCUUCCUAUUUUUGUUUGUUUAUACAAAUACCUGAUUUGCAAGAAAAAGUGCAUGGGAGGGGUUUUAGCAGUUUAAUGAAUUUUUAAUUGAGAAAGGGUAGUUUGGUAGUCUACUUAAAAAUGUUUCUAGGAAAUUCACUAGAAACAUUAACCAAUAGGACUUUGGUGAGCUUAGCUUCUGUAUUCCUACUGCCGCCCAGAAAAGGGGCAGGGCUCUGCAGCCCCCAGGACAGAUGAGCACCCCAUGCCUAUACCUCCCUCCCUCAGCUAAGUCCCAGGGCAUCUUGGCCCUGCCUGGAGACUGAGCUAGCUCUACAGGCUCAGAGAGCCUGGGGAGGGUGCCAACCCCACCUCUAGUAUUUUGGGAAGAUAGGGGAAGUGAACAGACUUCCCCUUCCCAUCCCCCUCAGGGUGGCUCCCCUGCCAGCCAGGCUUGCUCCCUCUCGAAGAGAGCAGGGAGUGAGAUGCACUCCGGGCUCAGAAGCAAGGGAUGUGAGACUUGCUCAGUGUUUUGCUCUUAGCCCGAGGAGAGCCAGGAGAAAGUGGCUGCAGGACUCUGAGCCUCCUGCCCAGUGUGCACAGAAGGCGGCUGGAUCUUCCCACUCCAGCGAGGCCUGAGCUCUGAGAGGUCUGUGGGCACCGUCUCUGUUGAUGGCGCCAGCUCGGUAACCACGCCUGGUACAUUUCCUUCGUGAAGUCAUUACCUUGGGAGCCAACCAUUCUGAAUACAUUUGGGAAAAGGCAGGCUGUGCAUUGCAAAGAUGGGUGGUGACAGAUUGGUUCCCCAUAGACCCAGGCUACCCUUCACCCAUUUUUCCAGAGCGAGGGCCUGGAAUGAAGGCAGUUUCCUCUCUGUCUCUAGAGCCUAGAGUUUUGCUUUGGCUCUUUAAGGUGGAAGAGGCUAAGGGCAACUGCCUAGAGCAGCUCUGUGUGUGUGUGUGUGUGUGUGUGUGUUUGUGUGUGUACAAUCGGGGUCCUCUCAGGCUCUCUGGUCUCUUCUCUUGCACUGCGCCUUAUCCCUCAGCCAGCCAGAUAGCCUCCCCACUCAGUGGAUGAGUUAGGGAGUGUGUGAUAGGACAUUUUGUGAUUCGGGCAGCUAGUGGCCAAGGUGACAAGCUAGGUUUUGCGGGCUCACUCCACCUUUGGCUCACCUGGCUCUCAGCCUUGCCCUGUGAGAACGUUGGCCCAGCAAGCCACGUCCCACUGCAUCUCCCACUGCGGAGGAAGGGCCAGCUGCCAGCUGAAUCAGCGACUCGUCCGUAGCACAGCUUUGUGACGGUGAGCAGCCAGGAGACUGUGCGUGCGGAGAGCUGGAGCCGAGCUUCGGUCAUGGAGGAGGCCCGGGCUGUUGCGUGUUGCCCACUGGCUGUUGUGACGGGGAUGACCCCCGGGACUGGGCAAGGAAGAAGGUUGGCUGCUGUCUUUAUAGUUCCACUGCCCUGACCAAGUUUCCUCCUUUUAGCUGUACAGUGUCUAGCCCUCAUGUAAUAGUGGUGUCUGGCCCGAUGACACUGUCCUUUCAGUUGGAGAGGGGUACAGAGGUAGGCCAGGUGGCAUGGCCAGGAGUACUGAUUACUCAGCCAUCGGGACCACCUGCUCUUUCCCCCUCCCCUAGUGGGAGCCGAAGGGAAGGCCAGCUGAUGGGUGUCUGCGGAUUGAGGAUGUAGUAGUUCCCACCUCCCUUGGGCCAAAGAGGGGGCUUUGCCCGCUGUGUGCCUGCCACCACCCACCAGCAGUUGUACCCUUGGCUUCCCAGAUGGAGAGGUGGCAGGCAAAAUUUUAAAAAGAAAGAAAAGAAAAAUGAAAACAAGGAACGGUAUUGUGUUGGGGGGAGGUGGGAGGGAAGUUGGGAGAAUGGUUUGGAUUUUGUGUGUGUGGGGUUUUUUUGUUUGUUUGUUGUUGGUUUUUUUGGGGGGGGUAGUUGUCUGUAACUUUCCUUAAGUGCUUCUUCUAUUUCUUUUCUUUUUCUUUUCUUUUUUUUUUUAAAGUAAGCUGCAGGCUUUGGCUUGGAAAACCCCAGGGGGGCGGGGGGGCAGAAACCUGAGGCUGCUGCCCCUUUAUCUGCCUUCACGGUACUGUCCCCUUCCCCCAGCUCCUCCCUGACCCCAUAAGCCAGGCCUCAGACCUUCCAGCUAACCGCUUCCCAUGAGCCACUACUCUGAUGUCAGCCUAUAACCAAAGGAGCUGGGGGUCCAGGCCUGGUGACCAACCCUUCUCAGCCCACUCAAUCAGGGUGCUCCCCACCUGCAGGCAGGAGGCAACACCCGAUCUGCUACCAUCAGCCCCUUCCAGAGCCCACUGCCCCGCCCUGCCCUGUCCAGCCCAGCCAUACCCUGCUCUGCCCCAUGUGGGGAUGCUCUGCUCAGGGAUGGGCCGGCAGGGCUGCCCCAGCCUCCCUGGUAAGCAGAGACUCUGGAAACCUCUGGGGUCCUGUUUUCUGGUCGUGUGAUCCCCAGGGUGCACAUGGGCCCCUUGGGUGUCUGAACAGAAGGGCAUGGGAGGGAGGGCCGCACCCCUGCAGUCCUGCUCUGCUGGUCUAGCGGGCAGCUGCCUACCCCACCCCACCCCGCACCGCGGGCUCCUGAGUCGGCAGAUUAAGCAUUUUAUAAAUUGUAUUUUAAAUACAUGUUUUAAACUUGUCA